UUCAUUCCCCUAAUUUCUGAACCUCUCUCUCUCUCUCUCUCUCUCUCUGUCUCUGUCUCUGUUUUUCAUUACUUUUCUCCCUUUCUGCUCUGUUUCCCAAUUCACCCACCUGCAAUCCCCAAAACAUGAGCUCUAUGAAGUUCUACGCAGCUCCGAUCAUCGGAUUCUUUCUCUUCGCCCUUAUCCAGCUCAGCUACGGACAGAGCUUAGCUCCUUCCCCUGCCGCCGAGGGCCCGUCCAGCGAUGCAGGAACGGCGAUUGAUCAAGGGAUUGCUUACCUUCUCCUGAUGCUGGCGCUUGCAGUCACAUACCUCGUUCAUUGAUUGAUUCUACCUUUUUUCAGUGAUGAGCCGAUUGAAUUCAUAGUCGUAGAUAGGCGGGGGAAAAAAGGAAACGAAAAAAUUGAUAAUUCUUUUUGGGUCUCUUGCGUUGAUUCUCCCCAUUUACGGAGACACUGUAGCCUAGUUUCUUCCUUCGUUCUUGGGUUGUUGUUGUUGUUGUUGUAUUGUAUGGAUUCGUUGCGGUGAAUAUUGAAAAAGGAAUAACGAAGUACAAAUUCCUCCAUUAGAGGAAGAAUUUGGCAGUUCCAGUUUUCGUUUGGUAUAUUUCUGUGUUUUUUUCCCACCGUUGAAGCUUCUGUGCGCUAACAGCUGGCCAACAGGGAAGAAAAAGACGCGAAUGACCAGAUCAACAGGCCAGCGGGGUAGCUUCUUGGGUUGACUGGUGUUAGGUAGCAUAUUGGGCCAAGUCCAGCAGACUUCCCACGGCUUGGGCCCUGUUUUGAGCUGCAGAGAUAUUUUAGGGCCCAGAGGUCCAUUAUAAAGACGCUCCCAAACACUAGCUCAGCAGGCUAGCCCGGUAGGUGCUUUGAGUUGACUGGCCCAGAACUUAUGCCCAACUCGGCCCCAUUUUCAAGUUAAAUAGAUAUUUUUCUCAAGGGCCAAAGGCCGAGGCGGUAGAUUCAUUGCGGUUAUUCAUUUAUAAGUUUUGUGGGAUCGUAUUGUACCGGCUAAGUUUACGAGUUGAAGAUAAGUAGGCUCGAACGGCUGACAUCCAUGUUUAUAGCGUCAAGCCUACAAAACGAGAGUGACAUCAAUCUAUCUAACGAGCGGGAACACCAACAUUGGGCGUUGUGGAGUUUUGUACAAUAAGGUCAAGUGAAGGAAGUCGUCUAAACCGUAAUUUUAUGCUUUAGGGGUUGAUACAUAUGUGUUGCUCUCGACAUUCUUCAUCUGGAGGGGUAUGCUUAUACUUCUCAUAUGAAUUCUAUCGUUCCUAAAC